AUGCUUCAACGUCAAUUAGGUAAAAAUGGUCCAAAAGUAUCAGCUAUCGGUUAUGGAGCUAUGGUUUUAUCAUCUGGAUAUGGAGUAAACAAAUCUGAUGAAGAACGAUUCAAAAUUCUAGAUCAUGCAAUUAAAAUUGGUAGUACUUUCUUUGAUACGUCUGAUAUAUAUGGUGACAAUGAAGAUUUAUUAGGGAAAUAUUUUAAGAAAUAUCCACAACAACGUGCAAAGGUAUUUCUUGCAAGUAAAUUUGCUUGUGUAAUUGAUCCUGUUACGAAAAGUUAUUCUCUUCGUGGUGAUGCAAAAUAUGUUCAUGAAGCAUGUGAAAGAAGUUUAAAACGACUUGGUAUCGAUUCAAUUGAUCUUUAUUAUGCUCAUCGUAUUGAUAAAACAGUACCAAUUGAAGAAACAAUGGGAGCUUUAAAAGAACUUGUUCAGCAAGGAAAAAUUAAAUAUAUUGGUUUAUCUGAAUGUUCAAGUGAUACAUUACGACGAGCCUGUGCUGUUCACCCAGUUUCUUGUGUACAAAUUGAAUAUUCACCAUUUAGUUUAGAUAUCGAAAAAGCAGAAAUCGGUCUUUUAAAAACAUGUCGAGAACUUGGUGUAGCUAUUGUUUGUUAUUCACCAUUAGGUCGUGGAAUGUUAACUGGACAAAUUAAGAAUCCAGAUGAUUUUGCUGAUGAUGAUUUUCGACGAUUAUGUCCACGGUUUUCAAAAGAGAAUUUUCCUAAAAAUCUUAAAUUAGUUGAUGAUUUAACAGAAAUUGCAAAGAAAAAAGGUUGUACACCAGGUCAAUUAACAUUGGCAUGGAUUCUUGCUCAAGGCGAUGAUUUUAUUGUUAUACCAGGUACAAGUAAAAUUAAAAAUUUAGAUGAAAAUAUUGCAGCUGCUCAAAUUAAAUUAACUCGAGAAGAAAUUCAAGAAAUUCGACAUGUUUGUGAAAAAGCUGAUGUUGUUGGUGAUCGUUAUCCAGCAUUCAUUUCCGACGGUCUAUUUGGAGAUUCAGCUCCGAAAAAGAAUUAA